AUGAAGUCCUUUGUGUUGUGCUCUCUCAGUUUAAUAUGUUGUUUGGCGCUUUCCGUGCAAGCCGCUUAUUUCUAUGAACGUCCCGAUGGACCGGAAUUUUUAGAUGAAGAUAAAGGACGUGCUGGCCGUUGUGCGGCGCAGUGCUUCUGUGGCACACCGAAUGUCAAUCGCAUCGUUGGCGGCACACAGGUGCGUCACAACAAGUACCCCUGGACGGCGCAACUACUCAAGGGCCGUUGGCAUGCGCGUCUCUUCUGUGGCGGUUCGUUGAUUAAUGAUCGUUAUGUGCUGACGGCGGCGCAUUGUGUACAAAAUAAUCGUGAUCAGAUAACUGUAAGAUUGUUGCAAUUGGAUAGAUCAUCGGGAGAUCCUGGUAUCACUAGAAAGGUCGUCCAAACGAUUAUUCAUCCAAAUUAUGAUCAAACGCGAAUUGUAAAUGAUAUUGCCAUACUGAAGUUGGACUCGCCAGUGCCAUUUAGCAGCAGCGUGCGUCCAGUUUGUUUGCCCAAUGCCAAUCACAACUUCGAUAGGAAAGAUGCCAUUGUUGCCGGUUGGGGUUUGGUCAAGGAGGGUGGCGUCACCUCGAAUUAUCUGCAAGAGGCCAUUGUACCCAUUAUCACCAACAGCGAGUGUCGUACGACGCGUUACAAAAACAAAAUUACCGAUGUCAUGCUCUGCGCUGGCCUUGUAAAGACUGGCGGCAAGGAUGCCUGUCAGGGUGACAGUGGCGGCCCGUUGAUUGUCAAUGAAGGCAGAUACAAGUUGGCGGGUGUGGUGUCCUUUGGGUAUGGUUGCGCACAGGUAAAUGCGCCAGGCGUAUAUACGCGCGUUAGUAAAUUUAUUGAUUGGAUUAAAAUGAAUACACUUGACGGUUGCUAUUGUAGUAGUUGAAUAAUUGGGGCAGAAGAACAUAUUCAA